CGACGUCGCGCAAACCAACCAUGCGUCCGUUAAUAUUGCUCAAUUUGCUCGCAAUUUGUGUAGCCUAUAGACACAAAAGGUAUCUCGUGUAUCCAGAUGGAGGCCCUGCCAGAGCUCAGUUCAUCGUCGGUCUGGGUAUUCCAGUGGAUCUGAAAGAAGCCUCUGUCACAGUCGGUACUGUAAUUAAGUUCCAAUACGAUUUACCUACAAACAGCAGUGAAUAUACAACAAGAAUCUAUGGAUUUGCUGAAACUGUUUCAAGGGAUAUGGAUUCUAAUGAUGUGGAGGAUAAGAAAAUAGAAGAAGACGAAGAAAACUCUAGGAAAAUAACAGGGACAGAAGAUUUUGACCAAGAAGAUAAUGAUACGUUAGUAGAUAUUACAUUUAAUGAAAGAAGAAAAAGAGCUUUACAAUAUUCAGAAGGCGGUGUCAUAAAUGCUAUAGAUUUGUCUGAACUAAACACGGAAUUGCCUCUAGACGAAGCAAUAAGGAGGCAAGAAGAGAUUGAUAACAAGAAUCUAGAGGAAGAAGACGGACCUAAGAGAAUGAACAGAUGGGACUUUUACAAGAUAUUGGAGCAUAUGGUUGAAAGAUACGGCUACACAGGCAGACCAUGUUUGCUCCGGACGAUCUGUGAAGCUGCAGAAGUGCCCUUCACACACGAAAAUGGCUUGCUCGCAGAAAUUGCCCAUAUUUUAUUCACGCCAUCCACCACCAAGGACACGUUAUCGCACCACACUGACAACGAGUACCAUGCUGCAGAGCGUCUAGGAAGAGAAGCAGGAAUAGACUGCGAGACCUUAUUCCCUGAGUGCGAAGGUUCAGUUCUUGAAACCUUCACGCAAAUUGGAGAAGAUACCUUGCAUAAAUUUGGGCUGGCGUGAUUAAAUGAAGUGUGAUACUGUUGAGUUUUUAUUUUAUUUACGGUGAUCAAGGUCAAGUCAUUGUAGC